AUGCGUCCCGAAAUCGAACAAGAGUUAUCUCACACCUUGCUGGUGGAGCUUCUGGCUUACCAGUUUGCAUCUCCAGUAAGAUGGAUUGAGACACAAGACGUUGUACUUGCAGAGAAGCGAACAGAACGCAUUGUGGAAAUAGGUCCAGCAGACACUUUGGGUGGGAUGGCGAGAAGAACGCUCGCCUCGAAAUAUGAAGCAUAUGAUGCCGCUACAUCUGUUCAGCGCCAGAUACUCUGCUACAGUAAAGAUGCUAAAGAAAUCUAUUAUGACGUUGAUCCCGUGGAGGAAGAACCCGAGGCUACUGCCGACGCUGCCGCCACUCCGGAACCAUCUGCUGUUCCCGCGGCCGCUGCGGCUGCAGCACCUGCACCUGUUACUUCAGCACCGAGUGCUGGACCUGCAGCGCCGGUUGAAGAUGCACCCGUGACAGCUUUGGAUGUCGUGAGAACACUGGUAGCCCAGAAGCUGAAAAAGGCACUAUCAGAUGUGCCGUUGAACAAGGCCAUCAAAGAUCUCGUUGGAGGAAAAUCUACACUGCAGAACGAAAUUUUGGGAGAUUUGGGCAAGGAAUUUGGUUCCACGCCCGAGAAGCCGGAAGACACCCCUCUAGAUGAAUUAGGUGCCUCUAUGCAAGCCACAUUUAAUGGGCAAUUGGGCAAACAAUCUUCCUCGUUGAUUGCGCGCCUGGUGUCAUCUAAGAUGCCUGGUGGUUUCAACAUCACGGCCGUUCGCAAAUAUUUGGAGACGAGGUGGGGCUUGGGGCCUGGCCGACAAGAUGGCGUAUUACUCUUUGCGCUCACUAUGGAACCCUCAUCUCGCAUCGGCUCUGAAACAGAUGCCAAAGCGUUUCUCGACGACGUCGCGAAUAAGUACGCUACCAAUGCAGGUAUCAAUCUUUCGGCUCCAACGGCUUCUGGUGACAGUGGAGCAAGCACUGGAGGAAUGCUCAUGGACCCUGCCGCUAUUGAUGCCUUAACAAAAGACCAGCGUGCUCUAUUCAAGCAACAACUCGAGGUAAUUGCGCGAUACUUGAAGAUGGAUCUUCGAGCUGGUCAGAGAGCCUUUGUCACAUCACAAGAAACCCAGAAAACCCUCCAGGCACAGCUUGACCUUUGGCAAGCAGAACACGGUGAUUUCUACGCUUCAGGGAUUGAACCAUCUUUCGAUUACCUUAAAGCUCGCAUUUACGACUCUUCCUGGAACUGGGCUCGCCAAGAUGCAUUAAGCAUGUACUAUGAUAUUAUUUUUGGCCGACUCAGGGCGGUCGACCGCGAAAUAGUGAGCCAGUGUAUCCGCAUUAUGAACCGCUCGAAUCCACUUCUCCUCGAAUUUAUGCAAUACCAUAUCGACAAUUGCCCAACUGAACGCGGCGAAACCUACCAGCUUGCGAAGGAGCUCGGAGAGCAGCUCAUUGAGAACUGCAAGGAAGUGCUUGGGGUUUCCCCAGUUUACAAAGAUGUUGCCAUUCCAACGGGUCCUCAGACGACGAUUGAUGCGCGUGGAAACAUCGAGUAUCAAGAAGUGCCUCGUGCAAGUGCUCGCAAAUUGGAGCAUUAUGUGAAGCAGAUGGCCGAAGGUGGCCCCAUCUCGGAGUAUAGUAAUCGGGCUAAAGUUCAGAAUGAUCUGAGGAGCGUUUACAAGUUGAUCCGGAAACAACACCGCUUGUCAAAAUCUUCUCAAUUGCAGUUCAACGCGCUUUAUAAAGAGGUCGUUCGGGCUCUUAGUAUGAAUGAAAACCAGAUCAUGCCGCAGGAAAAUGGCAAUACCAAGAAGCCAGGUCGAAACGGCGGCGCGCGCAACGGAAGCCCUCGUUCCGGGAAGGUUGAAACGAUACCAUUUUUGCAUCUCAAGAAGAAGAACGAGCACGGGUGGGAUUAUAGCAAGAAACUUACUGGCGUCUAUUUGGACGUUCUAGAGUCUGCAGCUCGGGCAGGCCUCACAUUCCAGGGCAAGAACGUUUUGAUGACUGGUGCUGGUGCUGGCUCUAUUGGAGCGGAGGUUCUCCAGGGUUUGAUCAGUGGUGGUGCUAAAGUUAUUGUCACAACAAGCCGGUUUUCCCGUGAGGUGACGGAAUACUAUCAGGCUAUGUACGCCCGGUAUGGUGCGCGCGGGUCGCAACUUGUUGUGGUGCCUUUUAAUCAAGGCAGCAAACAGGACGUGGAAGCCCUGGUCGAUUACAUUUAUGAUACGAAGAAGGGACUAGGCUGGGAUUUGGACUUCAUCGUUCCGUUUGCUGCAAUUCCGGAAAAUGGGCGAGAAAUUGAUUCCAUCGACUCCAAGUCGGAGCUUGCCCAUCGCAUCAUGUUGACCAACCUCCUCCGACUCUUGGGUAGUGUCAAGGUACAAAAACAAACCAAUGGCUUCGAAACACGCCCAGCGCAGGUCAUCCUCCCGCUGUCCCCUAACCAUGGCACUUUUGGAAACGACGGUUUGUAUUCCGAAUCGAAACUCGCUCUGGAAACACUUUUCAACCGGUGGUACUCGGAAAACUGGGGUAACUAUCUCACAAUCUGCGGUGCGGUCAUUGGUUGGACUCGCGGUACGGGUUUGAUGAGUGGCAAUAACAUGGUCGCUGAAGGGGUCGAAAAACUCGGUGUUCGUACGUUUUCGCAGCAGGAAAUGGCCUUUAAUUUGCUCGGUCUCAUGGCACCCGCCAUCGUGAAUCUUUGCCAACUUGACCCUGUUUUCGCAGACCUCAAUGGUGGUCUUCAGUUCAUCCCUGAUCUCAAAGACCUCAUGACCAGACUUCGCACAGAGAUAAUGGAAACGAGCGACAUCCGCAGGGCAGUUAUCAAGGAGACUGCUAUUGAGAACAAGAUUGUGAAUGGCGAGGACAGUGAAGUCCUUUACAAGAAGGUCAUUGCGGAACCCAGAGCAAACAUCAAGUUCCAGUUCCCUAACUUGCCGACCUGGGAAGAAGACAUUAAACCCCACAACGAGACUCUCAAGGGCAUGGUAAAUUUGGACAAGGUUGUUGUUGUUACUGGUUUCUCUGAAGUUGGACCGUGGGGCAACUCCCGAACACGUUGGGAGAUGGAGGCCCGCGGCAAAUUUUCCCUGGAAGGUUGUGUCGAAAUGGCCUGGAUCAUGGGCCUUAUCAAGCAUCAUAAUGGGCCCAUAAAGGGUAAGGCUUACUCCGGUUGGGUUGAUGCGAAAUCUGGGGAGCCAGUGGACGACAAAGAUGUCAAAGCAAAAUACGAGAAAUACAUCUUAGAGCACUCUGGUAUCCGACUCAUUGAGCCGGAGCUGUUUAAGGGAUAUGACCCCAAUAAGAAGCAGUUGCUCCAAGAGAUCGUCAUUGAAGAGAAUCUCGAGCCUUUCGAAGCCUCAAAAGAAACCGCGGAAGAAUUUAAGAGGGAGCAUGGCGACAAGGUGGAGAUCUUUGAGGUCCCAGAGUCAGGAGAAUUUACCGUCCGCCUUAAGAAGGGCGCCACUCUUCUUAUUCCCAAGGCACUUCGGUUUGACCGCUUGGUUGCCGGUCAGAUUCCUACCGGAUGGGAUGCAAAGAGAUACGGCAUACCAGACGACAUUAUUGAGCAAGUUGACCCAGUCACCCUCUUUGUUCUUGUUUGUACUGCGGAAACCAUGCUUUCCGCUGGCGUUACGGAUCCCUACGAAUUUUACAAGUAUGUUCACCUUUCUGAAGUUGGUAACUGCAUUGGAUCUGGCAUCGGAGGUACGCAUGCCUUGCGAGGCAUGUACAAGGAUCGGUAUUUGGAUAAACCUCUCCAAAAGGAUAUUUUGCAGGAAUCAUUUAUCAACACGAUGAGUGCUUGGGUGAAUAUGUUACUUCUGUCGUCCACAGGACCUAUUAAAACCCCUGUCGGUGCCUGUGCUACAGCGGUUGAGUCUGUUGAUAUCGGUUACGAAACUAUUGUGGAAGGCAAGGCACGAGUUUGCUUUGUUGGUGGUUUCGACGAUUUCCAGGAAGAGGGUUCUUACGAAUUCGCCAACAUGAAGGCCACGAGUAAUGCUGAAGAUGAGUUCGCUCACGGCCGUACUCCUCAAGAGAUGUCAAGACCAACAACUACCACGCGUGCGGGCUUCAUGGAAUCUCAAGGUUGCGGUAUGCAGCUUAUCAUGAGUGCUCAGCUAGCUCUUGACAUGGGUGUUCCUAUUUACGGAAUUAUUGCCCUCACUACAACUGCCACGGACAAGAUUGGCCGCUCUGUACCCGCUCCUGGUCAGGGUGUUCUCACGACAGCGCGUGAAAAUCCCGGUAAAUUCCCAUCACCAUUGCUCGAUAUCAAGUACCGCCGCAGGCAGCUCGAUCUGCGUAGGAAGCAGAUUAAAGAAUGGCAGGAAUCCGAGUUGUUGUACUUACAGGAGGAGGCUGAGGCAAUGAAGGCUCAGAGACCAGAAACAUUUGACGCAACUGAGUAUAUGCAAGAGCGAGCCCAGCAUAUCCAUCGCGAGACUAUUCGACAAGAGAAGGAUGCGCAAUUCAGCCUUGGGAACAACUUUUGGAAACAGGACUCGUGCAUUGCUCCUCUGCGCGGUGCCCUUGCCACAUGGGGUCUUACCGUGGAUGACAUUGGUGUUGCGUCUUUCCAUGGCACUUCUACUGUUGCGAAUGACAAGAAUGAAUCCGAUGUUAUUUGCCAGCAAAUGAAGCAUCUAGGUCGAAAGAAGGGCAACGCCCUUCUCGGAAUUUUCCAGAAAUAUCUCACCGGACACCCGAAAGGUGCUGCAGGCGCUUGGAUGUUCAAUGGAUGUCUGCAGGUCCUGGAUACUGGCCUUGUUCCGGGCAAUCGGAAUGCUGAUAAUGUCGACAAGGUGAUGGAGAAAUUCGACUACAUUGUUUACCCCAGUCGUAGUAUCCAGACAGAUGGCGUCAAUGCUUUUUCUGUAACUUCGUUUGGAUUCGGUCAAAAAGGUGCUCAAGUCAUUGGUAUCCAUCCCAAGUUUCUGUACGCCACCCUCGACCGCGCACAAUUCGAAGCAUACAAGGCCAAGGUUGAGACCAGACAAAAGAAAGCAUACCGAUUUUUCCACAAUGGCUUGGUCAACAAUAGCAUCUUUGUUGCCAAGAACAAAGCACCUUACGAAGAUGAGCUCCAGAGUAAGGUGUUCCUUAACCCCGACUAUCGGGUAGCAGCGGACAAGAAGACUUCUGAACUGAAGUAUCCCGCGAAACCACCAGUUACGACCGACAAAGGAGAUGAAAGUACUAAGGCUCUGAUUGAGUCUUUGGCGAAGGCUCACGCUACCGAAAAUUCCAAAGUCGGUGUUGAUGUUGAAACCAUCGAAAGCAUCAAUAUUGCAAACGAAACCUUCAUCGAAAGGAAUUUCACAGCCGGCGAGCAACAAUAUUGCCAGAAUGCACCAUCUCCACAGUCGUCGUUCGCGGGAAGAUGGAGCGCAAAAGAAGCCGUCUUCAAGUCUCUGGGUGUCCCUAGUAAAGGUCCUGGAGCUGAGAUGAAAAACAUAGAAAUUGAGUCUAACUCUAACGGGGUGCCUUCUGUAAAGCUUCAUGGUGAGGUGGCCGAAAUUGCCAAACGAGCUGGUGUCAAGCAAAUCAGUGUCAGCAUCAGCCACAGUGAUGUUCAGGCGGUUGCAGUUGCUAUGUCGCAGUUUUAA